UGUGUGCGCGCGUGUGAGACAGAGCAGUCAGUGAGCAGAAAGACUGGAUGUUUGAAGCUGAACACAAGCUCUGGACUUUAAGAGGUUACAGUGUUUGUGCAAGAACUGAACGCAAUAACUAUGGGACCUACUUCCUGGAGCCUUUGUAUUCUCUUCUGUGCUUGGACAUGGGGGCAAAGUAUGGGCUUUUCACGGAGACGGAGGGCCUGGGAAGAUGAUGGUCCUAAAAAGUGCUCAUACACCUUCCUGGUCCCUGAGCAGAAGAUCACAGGGCCCAUCUGUGCAAGCCGUGGACCCUCACUUCCAGACAAGGAUCGCGUAAACAGGAUGGACAUAGCAGAUGUCCGUGAGCUGAUGUCUAAGCAAAGACGUGAGAUAGACACCCUGCGGAUGGUGGUGGAUGUGGAUGGCAACAUGGUCAGCGAGAUGAAACUUCUGCGUAAGGAGUCUCGCAACAUGAAUUCCCGUGUCACACAACUCUACAUGCAGCUUCUGCAUGAGAUCAUUCGCAAGCGGGAUAAUUCGCUGGAGCUUGCGCAACUUGAAAGCCGCAUUCUCAAUGCCACAACAGAGGCUUUGCGGCUCUCUUCCCGCUACAGGGAUCUCGAGGCCCGAUUCUCCACCCUUGCUGCUGUGGUUAAUAACCAGUCUGUUCUGAUUGGUGCUCUGGAAGAGAGGUGCCUGCAGGUAUAUGGGAAUCACAGGCAGGAGCCACUUCCUCCACCUCUGGUUCAGGUGGUUCCAGAGAACAUUCCAGUGCAAGUACCCCGUUUUUCCAAUGAGAUCCAGAGGGUCCACAGUCGGGCUUUCCCCAGAGAGAGAGGUUCCAGAGCAGGACCAGAACCCACUGAAAGUACACUGGAACUCAAGCGACCUCUGAGUGGCAACUUUAGCUCUGAAGGUCCUUUCCGUGACUGCCUUCAUGCCAUGCAGGCUGGACAUGCCACUAGUGGAAUGUACCUUCUUAAACCAGAUGAAAGUGACAGGCUGAUGCAAGCGUGGUGUGAACAAGAUGUGGACAAUGGAGGCUGGACCAUCAUCCAGAGAAGGAAGGAUGGAUCUGUUAACUUUUUCAGGAACUGGGAGAGUUAUAAGCAAGGUUUUGGCAACAUAGAUGCCGAACACUGGCUGGGUCUGGAGAAUAUUUACAGCUUAGGCAAGCAGGGAGAUUACAAGUUGCUGGUGGAGCUUCAGGACUGGAUGGAAAAGAAGGUGUAUGCAGCCUACAGCAGCUUCCAUCUGGAACCUGAAAGUGAAGCGUACCGCCUGCGUCUGGGCACUUACCAAGGCAAUGCUGGGGAUUCUUUAACCAGCCACAACGGAAAACAGUUCACCACGCUGGAUCGAGACAAGGAUGCUUUCUCAGGAAACUGUGCUCACUUCCAUAAAGGUGGCUGGUGGUACAACGCAUGUGGUCAGACCAAUCUCAAUGGUGUGUGGUAUUCUGGCGGUGUGUAUCGCAACAAGUUCCAAGAUGGCAUCUUCUGGGCAGACUAUGGAGGAGGAUUCUACUCCAUGAAAGCUGUGCGCAUGAUGAUCAGACCUAUUGACUGAAGCAGAAACAAAUCAAAACCUGAACUUUGUUUGACAGAUCCAUCUCAGUGUGAUUGCACUGACAAAACAGGAACUUUAGGUGAGCUGGGGGAGAAUUCUCGAAUCCGCUUUUAAGUAGCUAAACUUUAUCAGCUCUUUGGAGGUUCUCCUGCACACAAGGCCUUGUACAAACUGCAUCAUGAUUAGACACUAAAUCAAAAGUACAUGGUUGUAUUUCUCCAUAGGGGACUGUUAAUAUGUCAUUGUGGAUAGCUUAGUGAUUGUUUGUGAAAUCAUUCAUUUUUUCUUUUAUUAUCCUUCCUCUUUUCCUGCUGGGGGUUGUGGACAUGACAGCCCAAGAAGGUCAGCCCAGAUGUUUAAAUGUAAUAAAAUUUGUACUUGUAUAGCACUUUAAACAACAGACAUUGUCACAAAGAUUUAGAUCUGUAUCCCUUGCCACAGAUUACAGCUCCUCCAUGGUGAUCCACAGAUGUUCAAAUCCAACGGUGAAAUAGUUUUUCCAGAUAAUCUUGGGUCUUCCCUGAGGCCACAGUCUAGUUAGACAUGCCUGAGGUGCUAAAACCUCUGAAACUGUCACCUCAGAGACUUUUUUCCAUCAGCAGUGAUAUAACAAAUUACAGUACAACAGGGGAAGGGUCUAGACAAUUUAAGGGUCAUUUCACAUAGAUAGUGGUUAAUAUAGUAAGGUUGAAUUGAACCUUCAUACAGUACAUUUCCUCCUUAGUGUGGUUCUUUAAGCAGGUGAGUUCACAGCAAUCAUUCUUGGGUGUGUCUGAAAACUACCAGUCUGAGCAUGUGUAAGGUGGGUGGUCUCUGUCUGCAUCCAAACGAACUCAAGCGUGAAGGAAGUGAAUCUUUGUCUUUUGUGUUUUGGGCUGGUAUUAAUCCUGACCGCAUCAUUCAUUUUGAAAGUGGUUUAUUUGCGAAAUCUUAAGACUAAAAGAAAAGACUGUAUCUGGCAGAAUGCCUCCGUUCCGACAAAUAACCUCAUUGGAAUGCUAUAAAAUCAAAAUGGUGAUGACAGAGUAGACUUUGACUAAAACCAUCCUCAAAGUAAGCGAUAAAUAAAAUUUGUACAUAAAAUCUCCUUCAGCUUCUGAUACGAAUUUGAAAGCUGCAUGAUAGUAUAUAAAUAAAUCCAGAUCUGUGCUCAGUCUAAGUUGCUCUGUUUCUGCUGAAUAAAUGUCGCUUUCAGUAA